UGAUGUGGCAACAUUGCUUUUGGCAUGGCACAAAUCAGGAAUUGUUUUUGUUCAUAACCUCAACUCAAAGCUCAACAUAACUUUAAUAAUUCUAUUGCGACUUUCGUUUCCAAUUACGCUAGUUCAGGAUUUUUAAAUAAUGGCAGGGGAGGUAGUUGUUGAUGCUUUACCAUAUAUAGAUCAGGGGUACGAUGAACCCGGUGUUAGAGAAGCGGCUUUCGCAAUGGUCGAGGAGGAAUGUAGACGUUAUCGUCCGACUAAAAAUUAUCUAGAACACCUGCCUCCACUAAACAUAACAGCGUUCGAAACGCCAAUGAUGCACGCCGAAUUUGAACGUUUGCAAAAUCGCUUACCAAUGGAGACCAUGUCGAUGAAACGUUACGAAUUGCCACCACCACCGAGCGGUAAACUGAACGAACUAAAUGCCUGGGCGGAGUGCGUAGAUAACUCUCAAGCACAGUUAGAGCAUCAAGCUGUGCGAAUAUUAAAUUUACAGCUCAUGUUGCAGUACUGCUGUCCCGCCUGGCAGAGGUAUUUGCAGGUGCUGACCGAUUCGGAACGUGUUGCCUCAAAACGACUGGCGGAAUUACGACAUGCGAUUCAAGAGACCAAUUGGCAACGAAAAUCUCUACAGACGAAAGGAGGAGACCAACUUCGCCAACUUGAAGCGAAAUGGGUACAAUUGGUUUCACAUAAUUACGAAAUCGAGCAAGCGUGCAGUAUGGCCGAAGAAUAUAUAGCUUCUUUACCACCGACUCCUUAAACUCGUCUCUUUUGACACUAGGACAAUGUGAUAUAUCUACUUUAAGAGUAAAGCUGCCGAUUAUUAUAGUAAUUUUCUUACAAUUUGUAAGUGAAGGUGUAGCAUAAAUAAAUAAAAUAUAAUUUUUAAAUCAUACUUUUA